AAGAGGAACUCAGUUACGCGCCACGGGGUUGAGAAGGCGGACGUGUUCUCUGUACGGAAACCGUUCACGCCCGAUCAAUUUUAAUUCUUAAUUAAUCCGGGUUUUUCGGAAAGACAAAAAGUUUGAAACAUCACGCCGAUUAAUUUGUGAUUAACAAGAAAACAAGCGCGCAGUGUCGUUGAUUGACGUUGAUGGUCUCAGUAAAGAUCCCCGAUUCAAUGAUUGGUAUUUCUUCGAGUAUUCAAUUUUAAAUUAAAAGUGAAUGAUUUCAUCGCUUCGGAGAAAUUAAAGAAAUAUGAAAUUGUGAAUGUAAAUUGCAUGUGAAAUGUCAUUCUUGUUCAGAUACAACUGACACAUACGUAGUAACUCUUUCGUGGAAAUGGAAGAGAAAGAGGUGUUUUAGAUUCGGGGAAAAGUAUGUCAAGGGUAUUAGCUUAAAUACUAUCGUUAUAAUGAUGUUCGGGAAGUGAUAUACUAAGCCUCUAUAAAUAAAGAUAGACGUAAAAGCUUAGAAUAGAGUGUCGGUCUGCAUGAUGAUAUUAAAAUACGAUCGCGUCUAACACUAUUUACGAUGACUUUUAUUUAAUUCUGACUUUAUUCGAUCUCAUCUUCAACUCGUCUUCUGUUUGAACAAUGAAACCAGAAAUACAAAGAAUUCGAGAUUGGUUACAAAAUUUGCGUAUGAUGAUCUACCACAUGUUGUAGUUCUAAAUAAUCACAGGAAUUUCCUCGACUGAAAGUUUGAUAAGUUUGAAUCGCGGACAAUGUUCUCCGUCAGCUGCAGCGAGUUGUUUCGCAGAAACGACCGCAACUUUAGAAUUGCGCCGUGAAGCAGACCACGAUAGGAACGAUCAACUUUCUGAUCCUUCUUUCAUUAACGUUCAACAUCCCCGAAGAUAACGGGCCUCACGUUUGCUGGAAAGACGUCAGAUGAAAAGUUUAAUCUGUUUCCCUCAUCGAACAGUUUUUUAAUUACGUUCGAAGGGGCCAAUAAAGAGGACAAAAGCCAUAUUGCGUUGUCUCGAAUGCUAAGGAACAGGAAAGUGUUUCCACGAAGGGAAUUCUUUAUAACACUCGUUCAAAGGGCUAUAAAUUUUAAUGCGCGUUGAAUAAAAAUGUCGUACCAAGGAUCAAAAGAAACAGUGCUGACAAUCUCUCCACUGUAAAUUGGUCUUUCAUAAAUAAACAUCUCAGUUGACAGAAAAUCUGUGACCCACCUAAGAUAUAUCAAUGGGAGAGGUGAAUCUGUUCUAUAAAAUAUGUUUAUACUCGAUUAACUACGAAGAAAAAAGCAGAGCCUAAUCGAUUGGCAUAAUCAUCCAUCUUUUCCACGUGAUUUCGAACUAAGUGAGAGCGAAACUCCUCGGUGCCGUUGCGGAAGAAAAUGGAGAUAAUUGAAAAAUCGAUGACAGGUGCUACCCGACGCUUUCGGGAUUUACGAUGGUAGAUCACGUCGUCAUCCAAAUGUCUCUGGGAACGUAGUCAGAGGAACGUCUAUCGCGAAAAGAUGGAAUCAUCUUUCGAUGAAUAUGUGCCGGAAAUUCGUCGUCCGUAACAAGCUUCGCAAAUGCGCGAGUGAGACGUAGUCAGACUCGAAACGUUCGCUGAAUGAAUUCGAUCACUGGCUAUCCACGAUUUCCGGUCAUGCUGUUCGUCAAUGGGCGACCAUUGCAUUUCGCGGGGACAUAGUCAUUUGAGAAUACUUUAAGAUCCGCUUCGACCGUCAAACGCAAUUAGAAUUCAUAGCUCGUUAAAUAAAUCGUAAAUGCACUUCUACUGACCAGUUAUGGUCUCAGAUAGAAAUAUAUUGACGAUAAGAAGAUAAUGAACAUUUCUUCUUAACAAAUAUUGUGAAAUAAUGGCAAAAAUAAUAUUUGUAGAAGCUAACAAUAAGACGAUUGGCAUUAUGUCUCACUUUUAAACGAAACAUGUAGACCAUAUACAUUAUAUUUUAAGUAUCGAAGAAUUCUACACAUUUCGACGUACGCCACAGAGACAAAGCUUGUAGCGUUGAAAGUGGAACAAAUAUGGUUAACCAUCGUGGCAUACAAAUAAGCUACGAUGCUUCCUUCUUCCGGCCAUUUCACACAUGCCGGUGUCUUUUUGAUAAAAUGAGAACGAUCGGUUACCAUGUCGAGCGUGACACGAUCAGUAAACCGAACUCGUACUACUUCUUUGAACAAAACGAGAGCAGAGGAAAUGUCGAUGACUGAUUUCGUCCCGUGUUAAUGUGCGAUUUCAGAUUCAUGACGUUUCCUUAACAUCGGAUCUAUUAAGGAACGUGGCAUUAAGUUCGCGUGACGCGGCCAGCAUUAUGGAAAUUCAGUAUAGAGAAAUUAAGGGGAUCCAUUAAAAACGCUGUAAGAAUAGUUGGUCACGCGACGGCCUGAAUUUUCCAUUUGCGAGCUCCGAUCAAUUAUUAACGUAAUACCUUCUAGAAUGAAGGGUUAACAAGUAUCAUUGAUAACAUUUAGUACAUAACAACUGAUUCUACCGACCCUAACACGUACUCUAAUAAAAAUGAAUUAGGUAUUGAAGCAAGAUGAAGAUACUAGAAAAAUAAUUCUUCCAUCAAAUUUCGUUCCUAAUCAACAAGUGUAAAGUGUAACAAUUCGUCGAAGUGGUAAUAGUCAAGAUCAUUGCGUGAGAGGGUAGAUGACGAUCGCGUUCCGAGUGACAGCGUCCAUCGUGAUGGAAUAUCCAUCAAACGGUAGUGAGCUGGCCGAUAACCUGACCGUAACAGCGGUGAACACGUCGAAUCAUUCGGAGCUAAAUCUACCGUACACAGUCUGCGAGAUCCUGGUGUCGGUUUGCGCAAUUUUCGGCAACGGUCUAGUGAUCAUUGUCUUCAGCAAAGAGAGGAAACUUCGUCGUCGCACCAAUUAUUACAUCAUUUCGUUGGCCACAGCUGAUCUACUGGUGGGUCUGUUCGCCAUACCGUUUGCUAUUCUGGCCAGCAUCGGUUUGCCGACAAACCUACACGCCUGUCUGUUCACCGUCUCGGUGCUGGUCGUCCUCUGCACGAUUAGCAUUUUUUGCCUGGUGGCAGUGUCCGUGGAUCGUUACUGGGCGAUACUACAUCCCAUGGGAUACUCGCGCACCGUACGCACCAAGACUGCCAUAGGUAUAAUAUGCGUGUGUUGGAUUGCCGGCACGCUGGUUGGUUUCCUGCCGCUUCUAGGGUGGAACGCCGGAAAGAAAUCUAACGAGAAAUGCAUCUUUACCGAGGUGAUGGAUUACGAUUACUUGGUGUUCCUCUACUUCGCCACGAUUAUCUUUCCUGCGCUAUUAAUUGCAGCCUUCUACACUCACAUAUACCGAGUGGUCGUAAAGCAGCUGCAGCAAAUUGUAACGAUGAACCCGGGUCGUCGUACGGGAAACCAGACGACGGGCACCAUGUUGAGAUUACUCGGAGCCGCCAGGAAACGGGAAGUGAAGGCAACGCAGAAUCUGUCGCGCAUCGUGAUUUUCUUCAUCAUCUGCUGGUUUCCACUGUACACGAUCAAUUGCGUGAUGGCUUUCUGUCCGAGGUGUAAGGUUAACGACGUCCUGAUGAACUUCUGCAUUAUCCUAUCGCAUUUGAAUUCGGCUGGCAAUCCAUUGUUGUACGCCUAUCAUCUGAAGGACUUCCGAGCGGCCCUAAAAAAUUUCAUGUGGAGGUUGCUCUUUCCUCAUAGCGACGUGAAGUCCAGCGUGAUCAGUGUGCUCCAGGAUCGUGGCUCCUUGGUCGGUUCUCAGAGACAGUUUCAAAGGCAAGUCGGUGGCCCGGCAGUCGCAAGGGUACCAAGACUGAACUUGUUGCGUCAGGUAACCGACGUCAGGUCGAAGGGACCUUAUUCUGUAUCGCGAAACGUUUCGAUUCGCGAGAAGAAGGAGGAAGUCGGAAACGCAUCGAGUUCCUCUCAAAGCGACAAACAGGAUAUGGACAACGUGAGUCGGAAUAGUAGCGAGCUUCAACGAAACGAGAACGACAGAGAUUACGAGAAUAAGCUCGAUGUGACAAUUGCGAGAUCCUCGUCACGUGUCACCUCGAUGGAACUACAGAUUUACAAGCCUUUGAUGCCGUUACUUCCGGCGGAAGUGGAUCAUGUCGAAGAAACGCCACCGGCGUCUAUCUUCGUGAUCGAAGUGGACGUAAAUCACAUCGAUUCCAUUCAUGAAAAACUAGACGAAGAACUUACCGAAAGCAAGGACAAUGGUUGAAGGCGCGUGUACGUUUUCCCUGAUCGUGAAUCAAUUAAUUAACAUCGGAUCCGGAUUGGAUAUAAUCUAAGAAUUGGCGCAUGUCAAACGCCGACGAUAAUAAUCGUUAACAAUAAUGGUGUAUGGUAAUUCGCUAUUUACCAUGAGUAAAUGAUAGUCAAUGUAAGCUUACGUAAGCUGGAGACGAUGUAUUUUCGGGACUGUAGGUACGGAUAAUUAAAGUUUUGGCGUAAAACACGUAGUUACUCAGGAAUGAGAACUGUAGCCAAUUAUGUGUAUUAUAUGUUAGUAUCGUAAUUUGAUGUAUAAUAUUCUGAGACCUGGUGUCAAUACUCGAUAUGAAGUGCGAAAAAAUGCGUACAUAGAUGUAUUAUAUGUGUAAUUCCAGUAUUGCGUUCAAAUCUCUUAUGAGGCAGCGAAUACUUGACUGAACAUACGUAUAGGAUUUUGUGCUUCAUUAUUAGUAACAAAAGGAAUUAAUGACAUACAGAAAACAAAUCUGUGUAUAUGCAUUUACCAUAUAUGUAUAUCCGUU